UUAUUAUACAAUCCCUCUAAAGUGAAAGAGAUAUGGAGUCCUUGCCACCCUCUCUCCGCCACCUAAACCACCACCAAGCCCCUCCUACCAUAACCCAUAAUGGGAAUAGUAACCCAACCAAGGAUAAGGAAAAGGACCAAGAGGAAUAUGAUGAAGUUCCAAUCAUAGAUUUGCAAAGGUUGAGCCAUGAGAAGAGCAAGCUUGAUGAGGCUUGCAAGGAAUGGGGAUUCUUCCGUUUGGUCAACCAUGGGAUUCCGUUGACCCUUUUGGACCAACUUCAAGACCAAGCCAAACAGAUUUUUUCUUUGUCCUUUGAAACCAAACAGGCCUCAUGCAAUGGGAACGGAACUGAAAGAGCUGCAAGCUACUUUUGGGGCACCCCUGCCCUAACUACUUCUGGGACAGCCCUUACAAGUGGGCCUCAAAAUACCCAUUUGGUUGAAGGCUUUUCUUUUAGUUUGGGUCAAAUCUCUCUGUUUCAACCUCAACUUUCUGAGCUUGAGUCUUUCAGGGUGUUGUUGGCGGAAUAUGGAAAGCAUCUAUCAAGAAUCGCCACAACUUUAUUCGAGUCAUUGGUGAAGAGCCUCAACCUGAACCUUCUAGAACCAUCAUCAUACUUAGAUGAAAACACAGGAAAUGUUCGAGUUUACCGUUACCCAAGUUGCUCUGACUCUAAUAAUGUUGGUUGGGGCAUUAAUGAGCACACUGAUAGUUCCGUCUUGUCAAUACUAAGCCAGGAUGAUCAAGUUAGUGGGCUUGAGGUUCUCAAGGAUCAUAAAUGGGUAACUGUUAAGCCCAUUCCUAACACAUUAAUCGUCAACAUUGGAGACAUGAUGCAGGCAUUGAGCGAUGACAUGUACAAAAGCGUUUUUCACCGGGUGAAGAUAAACAAUACAAAAGAAAGAAUCUCAAUAUGUUACUUUGUCUUCCCUAACGAAGAUGUUAAGAUCGAGAGCUCUAAGUACAAACCCUUUACUUAUAAUGAGUUUAGGGCACAAGUGCAGAAAGACAUCAAGGAAACUGGCCAUAAAGUUGGCCUCUCAAGGUUUCAGCGCAAUGAGGAUAUUUGAGCUUUUAUCAUUUGAUCUUAAUUAUUAUCAUAAAUAAAUAAUGUUAUGUUUGGUUUCUCCCUUGUUAUUAUUAUACCCUCCUUCCUAUAUAUAUCUUAUAUGUAACACAUUACUAUUAGUGUGUUUUAGAAAUUAAAUAACAAUAAUACAGGGAGUAUGGAGUUGUAACAAUUUGGUUUCAUAAUUUUACUUAA